AUGCCGGACCAGGUUCUGGAUGACAUUUCGCAUCGCCGAUAUAACCCGUUGACCGGGUCUUGGCUCUUGGUGUCGCCUCAUCGCACCAAACGCCCCUGGCAAGGCCAGCAGGAGGCACCGUCCAAGAAUGUGCUUCCCGCGUACGACCCCAAGUGCUACCUUUGCCCCGGAAACAAACGUGCCCAGGGAGACAGUAACCCUCAAUACAAGGACACCUUCGUCUUCGUCAACGACUACAGUGCCGUCAAGGAGCAGCAGCAGGACUACCACCCUGAGCCCACCGACAAAAAUGAUAUCGCUUCGCUUCUCCUCCAAGCCCAACCCGUCACGGGCCGGUGUUACGUGCUCACCUUCUCACCGAAGCACGACGUCACCCUUGCUGACAUGACCGUCUCGGAGAUCCUGCCAGUGGUCCAAACCUGGACUCGCAUUUAUGGAAGCCAUUUAUCGGCGACACAUCCGCUCCGGCCAGCAGCGGAGGCGACGUUAGCCCGGAUCCCUACCAACCCUAAUGGUGAAGUCGAGCCACCAAGCACAAAUCAGCUCCGAUACAUGCAGAUCUUCGAGAACAAGGGCGCCGCCAUGGGUUGUUCUAACCCGCACCCUCAUUGCCAGGUGUGGACAACCAGCACCAUGCCUGAGGAGCCGGGCAAGGAAUUUACGCAGAUGGCCCGGUACCGGGCCGAAAAUGGCCGCCAUCUGCUUGCAGACUACGUCAAGUUGGAGAUGGAGAAAAAAGAGCGCAUUGUGUGGCAAAACGAUGGGUUCUUGGUAGUCUGCCCGUGGUGGGCUGUAUGGCCCUUUGAGGUCAUCAUCAUCGCCAAGCGACACGUGCGCGCACUGGUUGACUUGACGGACGAGGAGCGCGUGCAGUUUGCGGAGGCAGUGCAGGAGGUCACCCGACGAUACGACAACUUAUUCGAGACCAGCUUCCCGUACAGCUCUGGCAUCCACCAAGCACCACUCGACUGCACCGAGGACGAGGCCGAAACUAGCUGGUUCCACAUGCACUUCUACCCACCGCUCCUGCGCUCGGCUACUGUCCGCAAGUUCCUCGUCGGAUACGAGCUGAUGGCCGAACCACAGCGGGACAUCACUCCCGAGCAGGCCGCUGCGCGGCUGAAGGAUUGCGGUGGCGAGUUGUAUCGUAGGCUUCUGAACUGA